CAAUAAUCAUUAUAUUUUUUCACAUAAAGAUGACAAAAAAAAAAAAAAAAAAAAAUUCCUCAUCUUAAAAAGUUGGGAAUCUCAUUUAAAACAAGGUUAGAUGUGGAAAAAAAAAAUCUCUUUCGUUUUUUUAAAGAAUGACGUGGGAAGAAGAUUGUUAGAAGAAAAAUAAUUUUACGCCUACCAAAAAUAAAUUUGAUCGUCCCAAGAUCACUCUCAAACAUGCUCUAAAACUUUUUAUAAGGUCGAAAAUAUUUCUGAUUUGGUAGAUUAUCUAAUCGUAAUUUCUAUUUAUUUAUUUGACAUUGAAUGCAAAAUUAAUUAACAAUUGUCCAAUACACAAGGUCACAUCAUCAUCAAAUUAACUAUAACAAUAAAGAUGCAAAAUCUUUAAAGUUCAUAAAUUGAAUACAUACUACCAAGAUAAGUCUCAUUCAAUUAACAUAUGAGAGAGGGUAACAUAAAGAGAGAAAAUAGUUGAUUAGGUUGAUGCAUAAUAUCUUUAACUAUUUAUUUAUUGUAUAACAUAGAGUGUGGGAGAUUCGAAUUUAUGACCUCUUGGUCAAUAGUUUAUAUAUUAUAUUGGUUGAGUUUUGCUCCUGUUAAUGAUAGAUUUAAUUAAUUGACAAUAUCAUUUUAAGAUAAAAUCAAUGUAUAGUCUCUAAGUUUUGGAUUUUUUUGGAGAUUACAUUAUUUAAAAUCCAAAACUAUAAUCGUAUCAAUUAAAAUCUAAAUUUUCAUAUGUGAAUUAAUACAAAUCUAUCGUUAUGGUUUCGUCUUAAUAUGAGUAAUGCAUGUUUUCAUAUGCAUACAAGACUUUUUUAAUGUAUGGUAACAAAAUAUUAAGAGAAAAUAUCGGAAUGGAUAGCAACAAUUUUCAUUUGAGUGAAUUGUUAUCCCUUCAUCUUUCUCCAUUCUUCUUGACUUAUUUAGAAAAAAUUAUAUAUCAAAUUCUCAUGUUAAAAUAGUUUCAAAUAUAGCAAAAUGUCACUACUUAUUAAUGAUAAACUGCGAUAAAUAUUUAUCCCUAAUACUGAAUGUCUAGUACAAUCUAUUACAGAUAUAUAAUGAAAUUUUACUAUACUUGUAAAUAAGUUUACAUUUUUCUUUGUUUGAAUAACGGUCCUAUCAUUAUUAGUUUGAAGUUUUUGUAAACUAAAAAAUAUAAAAAUAUAAAUAUUUUUCUUUCACAUUAUUUUAUUUAAAACCACAACUUUCUCAUGUGUUUUUUUCUCCCUCACUUCCAUGCCCAACUAGUGACCAAUAGGAUCUCUUAACCAAAACUACUAUGCACACCAUCCAACAACCUUUCCUCAUCUUUCCAUCCCAAUAAACAACAAAAAGAAAAAGAUUAAAUUCAACAUUCAAUUUAAAAACAUGUUUAUUGGUGACUACUCAUUUUAAUAUAAUUAAAAUUAAUUCAAUAUAUUUUAAACUUCCAAAUAUCAUUUUCACCAAAAAUGACUUUUUUUCUAAUCAUAAUCAAUUCUUCCAAAAAAAAAAAAAAAUAAUGUCAUUAAUGUUAGUAAUUUCAAUAAUAAGCAUCAUCAAAACUAAUUAACAUAUGAGAGGAAAAAAAUAUAAAUGUGUAUAUCCGUUUAAAAGAUAUUGUUAACAUAGCUCAACUACCAUGCAAAUAUAUUUUCGACCAAAAUGGCUGUUAAUCUUGAAAAAGAAAGAUGCUCCUAGUCUUGAGCUAAGACAAAUAUGAUUCCCUUUUUAACAAGUAGUUUUUCAUGUUUCUUUUCCCUUCAUCUUCUUCAAAUCUCUCUCACGUUCCUCCAUUUUUUUCUCUCUUGCAUUCCCAAUUAGCUACCAAAAGCAUUAGGGAAAAAACCCCAUUAAAACCCUCUUUCUUCUUCUUCUUCUUGAUCCUCUGUUUUCCCCCUGUUUUCUCCCAUGGAAAUCUCCUUUCUUCUUCACCCAAUUUUUCUCCUUUUCUUUUUCCUUCUGUUGCUCUCUAUAAUCCUCUUCCUCUUGAAGCCAAAAUUUCUCUGCAGUUGUCAAAUUUGCCAAGCUUAUUUGGACUCAUCUUGGUCCAAAGAUUUCUGUAACCUCUGUGAUUGGUAUUCCCAUCUUCUCCGGCAGUCUCCGACGAAGACCAUUCACAUCCACGUUUUAAGGAACACGAUUACGGCGAAUCCCGACAACGUGGAAUACAUUCUCAAAACAAAAUUUGAAAAUUACCCAAAAGGGAAAAUCUUCUCCUCGAUUCUUGGCGAUUUUUUGGGCCGUGGGAUUUUCAAUGUCGAUGGGGAUUUGUGGCGUUUUCAGAAGAAAAUGGCGAUUCUCGAGCUUGGUCAACAGUCGAUUAGAUCCUACUGUUUUGAAAUUGUUUCUCACGAGAUUCAUUCCCGGCUUCUGCCGCUUCUUUCGUCGGUUGCCGACGGCGGCGGCGGCGGAGUUUUGGAUUUGCAGGAUGUGUUUAGAAGAUUUGCUUUUGAUAGUAUUUGUAAGUUUUCGUUUGGGUUGGAUCCAACGUGCUUGGAGCUGUCUCUUCCGAUGUCGGAAUUUGCCGUCGCUUUCGAUCUUGCUUCUAAGCUUUCUGCUGAAAGAGCCAUGGCGGUCCCGCCGUUGAUCUGGAAAAUCAAGCGAAUGCUCAACUUAGGGAGUGAGAGGGAAUUGAAGAAAGCAAUAAAGUUGAUAAAUAUGUUGGCUCGUGAAGUAAUUCGACAAAAAAGAAAAUUGGGAUUCUCGACUCAUAGGGACCUCCUCUCUCAAUUCAUGCGAACUGUAUCUGACGAAACUUUCUUACGAGACAUUGUUGUCAGUUUUCUUUUAGCUGGUCGUGAUACUAUUGCCUCUGCACUUACUAGCUUCUUUUGGGUUCUUUCCACGCAUCCUAUCGUAGAGUCUGCUAUCCAACUUGAGGCUGACAGAAUCAUCGGCCCCAACUUGGACCCUAAAUCCUUCGACCAAAUACAAAACCUCCAUUACUUACAAGCUGCUAUCUUCGAGUCGAUGAGGCUCUAUCCUCCCAUUCCGUUUGACUCUAAGUUUUGCCAAAAUGACGAUAUUUUACCUGAUGGGACUUUCGUCCGGCAUGGUACUCGGGUUACUUACCAUCCCUAUGCUAUGGGUCGAAUCGAGCAAAUUUGGGGUUCGAACUGCCUUGAGUUCAAUCCAGAACGGUGGCUGAAAGAUGAUAUAUUUUAUCCUAAAAACCCAUUCAAGUACCCAAUUUUUCAAGGUGGUUUUCGGUUUUGUUUAGGCAAAGAAAUGGCUCUUAUUGAGUUGAAAAUUGUAAUACUUUCCCUUAUUCGUCGUUUUCAAAUCCAACCCAUGACACCAUGUGUGGCACCACGAUUCUCUCCUGGCCUCACUUCAACCUUUUAUGGUGGAUUCCACGUUUCUAUUGGUAAGAAGAAGAAAUUCAGCUGACUCAAGAAAAUUUCGUAUAUUACGAUAGUGCAAAUCAUUCUGCAUGGUGGUAUAAUUGAUACUUCAAUUUAUUAUAGAGUCAACGUCAGCAUCAUUUAAAAAUGACCACCUCCAUGUCCCACGAUUAUUUAUAAAAUGAAGGGUCUAGGUAGUAGGUUGUAUUAAAAAUUUUCUAGUUGAACAGUGUCCCACGUGUUGAAAAAGGAUAUUGUUUUUAAUAUAUCAACCUUCGACGAA